AGAACCGACACGAACAGCUAACGGACUCUUCCAUGUCCAUAUAAGGGGUCAUGGAUAGCGGCCAGUUUCAUUGUAGCUUACAUUUUUUGUAUAUAUAUAUAUAUAUAUAUAUAUAUAUAUAACUGAAACGUAUUUUCUAUUUUACAAAAUAAGCACCAAAGUUACAUUUUAUAGUUCUAUUUUGUCAAAUUAAAUUUGUGGCCUACAGAUAUUCGGCAUAUGCAUUUUCGAAUCCACACUAACUGUGUAAAUGGUUUAGUCCUAGGUCUAGGAUGGCCGCUGCUGUGGGUGUAAACAAGCAGGGGACCGCAGCAACGAUGGAUGUCUGUGUUCGGCACGUCAGGGGGGCCACAAGCAGCACCGUGAAGGUGUUGGAGUGUGGGGUGUGUGAAGAUGUCUUCUCUCUCCAGGGGGACAAGGUCCCCCGGCUGCUGCUCUGUGGUCACACAGUCUGUCAUGACUGUCUGACCCGGCUGCCCCUGCAUGGUAGAGCCAUCCGCUGCCCCUUCGACAGACAGGUCACAGAGCUGGGGGACUCUGGUGUGUGGGGUCUGAAGAAGAACUUUGCCCUGCUGGAGCUUCUGGAGAGGCUGCAGAAUGGAGCGUCCAGCCAGUUGAGCAUGGCAGAGGACGCCCUAACAGGCAUGGGAGAGUCAAUAAUCCGCUGUGACGAGGACGAGAGCCACACGGCGUCUAUGUACUGCACGGUGUGUGCCACCCACCUGUGUGCCGACUGCUCCCAGCUCACCCACUCCACCCGCACCCUGGCCAAGCACCGGCAGGUACCCCUGGCAGACAAGCCCCACGAGAAGACACUAUGCCCGCAGCACCAGGUCCACGCCAUCGAGUUCGUCUGUCAGGAGGAGCUCUGCCAGCCUGGGCCGCUCAUGUGCUGCGUGUGCAAAGAGUACGGCAAGCACCAGGGACACAAGCAUGCAGUUCUGGAGGCAGAAGCCAAUCUGAUCCGUGCGUCUAUCCUGGACAUGGCCCACUGUAUCCGGACGUUCACAGAGGAGGUGUCGGAAUAUUCCAGGAAGCUGGUUGGGAUCGUACAGCAGAUUGAGGGAGGAGAACGGAUAGUGGAGGAUGGCAUCGGCAUGGCACACACCGAGCAUGUCCCAGGCACGGCAGAGAGCGCGCGGUCCUGCGUACGGGCCUACUUCGCCGACCUCCACGAGACGCUGUGCAGACAGGAGGAGAUGGCGCUCAGUGUAGUGGACGCACAUGUCAGGGAAAGGCUCAUUUGGCUCCGGCAACAGCAGGAAGACAUGACCAUCCUACUGUCCCAGGUCUCCACAGCCUGCCUGCACUGCGAGAAGACACUGCAGCAGGAUGACUGCAGAGUGGUCCUGGCCAAGCAGGAGAUCAACAGACUGUUGGAGACUCUGCAGAAACAGCAGCAGCAGUUCACUGAGCUGGCCGACCACAUCCAGCUUGACGCCGGUAUCCCCGUCACCUUCACCAAGGACAACCGGGUCCACAUCGGACCUAAGAUGGAGAUCCGGGUGGUGACCCUGGGACUGGAUAGUGCAGGGAAAACCACCAUCCUCUUCAAGCUGAAACAGGACGAGUUUAUGCAGCCCAUCCCUACCAUAGGUUUUAAUGUGGAGACAGUGGAGUAUAAGAAUCUCAAGUUCACCAUCUGGGACGUUGGUGGGAAACAUAAGCUACGGCCUCUAUGGAAGCACUAUUACCUGAACACACAAGCGGUGGUGUUUGUGAUUGACAGCUGUCACAGGGAUAGGCUGAUGGAGGCCCACAGUGAACUGGCCAAACUUCUGACAGAGAAGGAGCUGAGAGACGCCCUGCUGCUCAUCUUCGCCAACAAACAGGAUGUCCCUGGGGCUGUGUCGGUGGAGGAGAUGACGGAGCUGCUGAGUCUCCAUAAGCUGUGCUGUGGGAGGAGCUGGCACAUCCAGGGAUGUGACGCCCGCAGUGGCAUGGGGCUCCACGAGGGCCUGGACUGGCUGUCCCGACAGCUGGUGGCUGCAGGUGUACUGGACGUGGCCUAGACCUCCCCUUGCUGCAGGUGUACUGGACGUGACCUAGACCUCCCCUUGCUGCAGGUGUACUGGACGUGGCCUAGACCUCCCCUGAUGACUGACUUCUGUUACCAAGUAAAACCCCUUACCAUAGAUCCCAGAACGAUCUUCUUAAACCAUCCACACCAUAAAGACCUGUCCACCAUAGACCUGCACCAGUCACAUCUACCUAAACCUUUUACCUGAUGAUUGGCUUAUGGUAGACCCAGUCCAACCCAUACCCUAAAGACCAGUCCUACCAAAGUCUCAUCCCAUACCUUUCAGUUCUACCCUACAUCCCAUACCUUUCACCCCAUACUAAGGCCCUAGCCCUACAUCCCAUACCUUUCACCCCAUACUAAGGCCCUAGCCCUACAUCCCAUACCUUUCACCCCAUACUAAGGCCCUAGCCCUAAAUUUCACCCCAUACCAAGGCCCUAGUCUUUCACCCCAUACCAAGGCCCUAGUCUUUCACCCCAUACCAAGGCCCUAGCCCUACAUUUCACCCCAUACUAAGGCCCUAGUCUAAGGCCUUAGCCCUACAUCCUAUAGCUGUUCUACCCUUCUCACCCCUAACCUGCAGAUAAGCUUCUUACCCACAGCCAGUGAAUCCAUCAUUAGUCGUAAUGCUUUGUACUUUGCUCUAUCCUGGGUAUGCUAACAGGGCCCUUUGUACUUUGCUCUAUCCUGGGUAUGCUAACAGGGCCCUUUGUACUUUGCUCUAUCCUGGGUAUGCUAACAGGGCCCUUUGUACUUUGCUCUAUCCUGGGUAUGCUAACAGGGUCAGGUUAUAGGGAUUCCCUCAAGCUUACUAAACUAACCUGCUUAUAAGACUACACAUUCCCAUACUGCCUCAAUGCAGAUCAGAUGAGAUUCAGUUCAUGGCGAAACUCCAUGUAGUAGAUUUUCUUCAUUGGUACCAAUGCACUUGACUUGUGAUGAUUUCAUGUAAUGCAGCAUCAGGUCUUGAAAUGAUACAGGUAGUGGGCUGAUUUCAGCUAUUAUUGACAUUGGUUAAAUAGUGCAGUUGAGUCAAAAAGCUAUUUAUGUUGAGUGGGUAGGGGAUAUUGUAGUAGCUGUGGUGGGAAAUAUCUAAAGUGUUAUAUGAAAUCUUUCUCCCACCUGUUUUGUGGAGUGUCUUGCAUGCAGAAUUCAUUGGAUGCACUUUUCUGCCGCUUCAAUACAUCUGGGUUGUGCUCAUGAGGGUGCAACGAUUGACUCAUGUUGCAGAUGUAUAGACUAGACAUGAUUCCUUCAUCUAAUUGACAGAGGAUGAUCUACACACUAUAUUUCUGAACGUUCCAGAAUGUUGUGCCCUACAGAGUGUGAUACUGGCUUCUUUUGAAACCAGGACCCCUUGUUUGAAUUCUUUCAUCACAACCUGUGAUGGUUUUCUGUUUUAGCCCAUCUGUCUAGAGUGCUGAUUGUUACAUUCUACAUUAAUGUUACCCACAUGUAGAUGUGAAACCUAGUCGAAACAUUAACCAAACACCUUUCAACUCCUGUUAUUGUAUGGAGGAACCAUCCUUUGGUUUGAAUUCACUUUCCUCAUUGCUAUGUAAUGUUACAAAUUCUAUGUAGAAAUAAAAUGCAUGUGUGAAGAGCCCUCUGUUAAAGCAUCUCAGAUUCUGACAGGAGUUUUUGAAACAUUUAGAAGCACAGUGCACAUCCACACGUUACUCGUGGAUUUGAUCAUGGCUUUUGUAAAUCAUAAUUAAUGUGACGCUAUUAAAUAAACUGUCUGGA